UGUGAAUAUGCGUACACGGAGUUCUAGCCCACUUCCGCCGGAUACGGAAGUUCUUCUUAGAAGCACGGUGUUCCUGCUACACGUGGUUGUGAGUGGCGGCUCGGAUCCUUUUUAAAAUGACGAAAAUCAAAAAAGAAGAAACGGAGGAGGCCGCGGAGGUACCGGAAAGGACUUAUGAUGAUUUGCUGGCAUAUCUCAACCCCAUCGCCAAGCCUUUAGCCGGACGUAAGCUGACCAAGAGGCUGUAUAAGUGCGUCAAGAAAGCUGUUAAACAAAAGAAUAUCCGCAGAGGAGUGAAAGAAGUGCAGAAGUUUAUCAAUAAAGGAGAAAAAGGCAUUGUGGUGCUUGCUGGCGACACGCUUCCCAUUGAAGUUUAUUGUCACAUUCCUGUGAUGUGUGAGGACCUCAACAUUCCAUACGCGUACGUCCCGUCCAAAUCUGAUUUAGGUGCAGCUGCAGGCUCCAAGCGUCCAACCUGUGUAAUACUAAUUAAACCACACAGUGAAUAUCAAGAGGCAUAUGACGUCUGUCUGGAAGAUGUGGAGGCACUGCCUCAACCUUAUUGACAGAGUACCUCCUGGGGUAUGAAGAUAGACUAUUUUUGAAAUUAGAACGAUCAUCACAACGUCCAACAACCCCAAGAGCUAUGGGGUGAAAAAGAUAUCUUUACAGCCUGGACUUCUAUUUUUGUCAGAUGUACGAAUGUCCUUUUUUUUAAAUUUAGAAAGCUGAUUUAUUUUGAAUGGUGAUGUGUGCACAGGAGCUGCCAUAAACAAAUUAAAUUUUUUUUAAAAUUUUUUGUUCAGGGCCCACCUGGUUCCGUAUAAAAUCCAGGUACCUCAACAGUAUAUUUAGGGGCAGCAACAUUAUUGUGGCUUAAAAUUCUUAAGUAAAGUCAUUUCAGUCAUCCUGGCUGCUAUGUUGUGUAUAUUGCUUGUCAAAUGGAUUCCGGCAUUUCAGAUUCAGUGUGAUACAUUAAUUUAGAACAUGAAUCCCAAUUGUCGGCUGUACGGUGUGUGGCACUACUUGCAUUAGACAAAUAACUCUUUUCAUUGCAGCUCUGCUUCUAAGCAUCUGCUUUGUUUCUGUGCAGUCAAUAACAGGGUUUAUUGCAAACUGAGUGCUGCCAUUUGUUAAUACACAAUCAGUAGUUUUCAUGCAACAUGUAUAUAGGGACCUUUUUCUCAUUAAAGAAAGGUGAAAU